GCGUUAAUCAAAUCAUUAAUGCUAAUCCUUUUCAAGAAAACGAAAAAUAAUUUUAGAUUUUAGACACGAUAUCAUUCUAUUUCCCCUUACUUGCCUUUCCAAUUGUUUAAUCAUUUAAACAACAAAAAUUAAAUCAAAAUUCAACUCCAUUUUGUUCGCGUAAGCUCCAAUUUUCUGAUUUGCAGUCAAACCAAACUCUAGUGACUCAAUUCAGUAGAAACUAUUGCAAAAGAAGUUUCUUGAAUCCUGGUUAACCUCUGCAAAGAAAUUACUUUUCUUGUGAAGAACCCUUUUUUAUUGAACUCUUUAUUCCCUCGGCAUCUUCAUAUACCCGUUUCAAAAUUUGGGCAUUUUUUGUCUUUUAUUAAGCACUUCUCUUUUGCAGGAACUUCUUCAAUUACCUGUCUUCGCGGAGCUUUACUACUUCAGCUAUCCAAAUUUCAGUUGGUUUAGAGAGCCAAUGUCGCAAGGGUAUGCUAUUGAACUUUACUUUGAUCCCGCCCUCGAGAAUCAGGUCUUGAAAGCAUGGAAUGUAUUGGCUCGACGGCAGAUCAGCACUCAGUUGAUUGAGAUUGAAUCCAGGCCCCACAUUACUUUGUUCACAAGCCCUUUUGUUGACAUUGCUAAGCUAGAGAAUGUGUUGAGAAACUUUUCUGCAAAGCAAGAGCCUUUGGCUGUGUCCUUCUCCUCAAUCGGGAGCUUCCCCAGCGACAACAAUGUCUUGUUUCUCGGCCCAACCCCGUCUCUCUCUCUCCUCCAAUUUCACUCCCAAUUGUGUGAUGCAAUGAAGAAAGAAGGUGUUGAAGUUGGAGAUGAGCAGCGCCCGGAUACAUGGAUACCUUAUUGUUCCGUGGCUGAGGAAGUCCCAAAGACUCGUAUGGCUGAGGCUUUUACUGUCCUGCGUGAUCUGAAGAUGCCGGUCAGUGGAUAUGCAGUGGAGGUCUCGUUGGUUGAGUACUCACCCGUCCGUGAACUCUUCUCUUUCACUCUGGCAUGCAGAGACGGGCCUCAGCUAAAUUAGAUCAAAUAUUAACUUCGGAGGCUGAAAGCAGACAAUCUGAGGUGAGAACAUUUGUUAGGCCUAUAAAACAUCGUUUUUUCCUACAGCUACGAUCGUGAACCUUUAAAUUUUUAUGUGUCUGAUUACUGAUGUUACUGUCAGUUUCUUUCUUUCUGUAUAGUGCCACUGUUUUUCCCUAUUGGAACUGUAA